AUGAUGCAGAUGUCAGCGGAAGGGAUGCACGAGGUGCAAAACAGUGUUAGCCACCAGGUAUUGUCGGGGAUCGUGAUUCCUGUGCCGACAACGUGCGUGGACGGUCACAGCGGAGCUUUGAACAGACUUGGCAAUUCCUGCGAGGUUUAUUCGCACGAUCCCGAAGCUCCAUGCAGCGUUAUCUGUCUCGACGCUUUAUACGAUGAUAGCGACUUCUCGUCCUCAAUGUGUUGCGUGCGUCCUGAGAGUUGUCCCGUGGAAGAACCAAUAGUUCAUGAGCCAGGAGACUGUGAAGAUUGGUUUACAUUUUCGGCUUCAAACGAAGAUGGUCGGGGGAGAUCGUCUCAUUCGAAUCUCGCUGGCUUGGGCCCAGACUUCCAGGAGCCCCGUGAGCUCCGAUACUAUGGAGUCGGGUGGCUCCAUAAUGGCGAUCACGUCGACAUAAGUUCCAUCAACACAAGCCAGUACAUCCCGAGGAACACGUACUGGAACAAAAUCGUUGGGUCUCAGGCUGUGGUGAAUCUCUUUGUUGGUGAGUUUGCCACUCUCAUUGGGAAGUUCGUGAGAUAUCACACCUUCUGUCCUGAGACCCCAUUCCUGCCCAAGCUCACGUUUUGUCGCAAUGACGAUUAUACAGACGGGGGAAUUUAUAUUUUGAUCAUCGACGUUGUCAGCGCCAUCUACACUGUCGACGGCGACUUCGAUGACGAUCUGGAGUCGUUCGAGUCUACCUCUGCCCACCUCGAAAGCCCAAACCCACUAACCUGA